AUGGCUGACGACUCAACCAAAAAACAUUCUUCCAAGGAUGGAAGCACUAACGAUACUUCCAGUCCCUUUUUUAUUCAUCAUUCAGACCAUCCAGGAAUGGUCAUAGUUUCCAAGCUUUUGAAUGGAGAUAACUAUGGGACAUGGUGUCGUUCCAUCAAGAUCUCUCUGAGUGCCAAGAAUAAACUUGGUUUUGUCGAUGGAUCUGUCAAAAGACCAUCAGUGAAGAUUGAUCCAGAAGGUUUUUCCCUAUGGCGGCGCUCCAAUGACAUGGUCCUAUCUUGGAUCCUGAACUCACUCGAACAAGAUAUAGCCGAUAACGUGAUUUAUUCAGACACAGCCUAUGAUAUUUGGCAGGACCUUGAGGAACGUUUCUCCCAAAGCAACGCACCCAGGAUUUUCCAAAUUGAGCGUGACAUAGCUUCACUUACUCAAGAUCAGAUGACCGUCGCUGCGUAUGACACAAAGUUGAAAGGUCUCUAG